GUCAAUUUUCUUCACAGCUUUCCCGGCAAAACCAUGCAUGAGCUGCGCUUGAUCUGGCAUGCCGUUUAGAUAAUCGUUACUUUCCGCUGAAGGCGGGCUAAGGAGGCAAACCGAGAUGCAAAUGUUGUCAGCGCACACUUGAGCUCCUGCUGAAUCGGUAUCAUCCAGAGAUCAUGGAGUCAGGGCAUGCUGCCGAGCAGGACGCAGAGAUAGUGGACCCUGUCUCUGCAGAGGACCUUGCUCCCGACAAGGACGCCAGCGUGAAGAAGGACAAGAAGUCUAAGGAGAAGAAGGAAAAGAAGGAGAAGAAAGAAAAGAAAUCCAGAAAGGAGCGGAAGAGCAAGGGCGAUGGCGUGGAGGAGGGAGAGGUUGGCGUGGACCAGACUGCUGGCGGGAACGACGCCGGCGCAGCGGCGGCCAACGGCGGGGAGGUGGGAGGGGACAAGGAGCAUCACAGACGUGAAGGCGGGGACGACGGGGGCAGGAGGCACCGGCGCCACCGCAGCCCGGCAGAUGCGAAUGAACGCAGCGGCGAGUUGGGCCGGCACGGCGGCAGCAGGAGCCGCAGCCCGCGCCGGAGCCGGGAGCACGAUCGCGACCGGGAGCGCGACCGGGAGCGCGAGCGUGAGAAAGACCGGGGUCGGGAGAAGGAGCGUGGCAAGGAGCGGGAGCGGGACAAGGACCGCAAGCGCAGCAGCCGCAGCACCAGCCGCAGCCCAGGCCGAGACCCCGAGCGAGACCGCGAGCGCGAACGUAAGCGUGAGCGUGAGCGGGAGUCUGUUCGUGAGAAGGAGGCACGGCCGCGUAGCCGGGAGCGGGACCGCGAAAAGGAUUGUGAUCGUGAUCGGGAGCGGGACAGGGGCCGGCAGCACGAGUCCGACCGCGCCGCCGCCAAGCGCCGCAGUCGCAGCCGCAGCAAGACCCGCGGCCGCGACGGCAGCGGAAAGCACCGUGAGCGGGACAAGGAGCGGGACAAGGGGCGGGAGCGGGACCGCAGCCGGGGCCGCGGCGGCCGCAGCCCCGACAGCAAGAAGCGGAGAAGCGGCGGCGAUAAGCGCAGCAGCCGGGACGCCAGCCCCAAGGGCGCAGGGGACGAGGGCGCCGGCAAGUCUGGCGACGUGGACAUGGCGGAGGCGGCGGCUCAGGGGGCUGGCGGGGACGCGUCAACGGUGGAGGGUGCGGCUGCGGAGGUGGCUGUUGCCGAGCCAGUAAAGGAGGAGCCUGCGUUGCAGCCGAAGCCUGCGCCGGAGCCUGAGGAGAAGCCGAUCAGGGUGGGCAACUGGCUGAUAGCGCCGCCGGCGAAGCCGCCGCCGCCGCCGCCGCCGCCACCUCCACAGCCGGAAGCCGAGCCCGCAACAGCGGAGGCUGCGGGUGGGCAAGAGGGCGACGCGGCCGCAGGCGCUGAGCAGGCAGCAGCUGGGGAGGCGCACCACGCGGCCGAUGAGGCGGGCACGGUGCCGAACGGGGAUGCAGCGGCAGCGGCAGCGUCUGCUGCUGCAGCCGCUGCGGCCGCGGCGGCAGCGGCAGGCGGUGACGCUGCCGCCAUUGCCGCGGCAGAGGCCGCGGCACUGGCCGAGGUGGAGGCCGCCGCCGCGGCCGCCGCGGCGGGCGCAGCCAAGCGUAACCGCUGGUCCAAGCCCGCGCAGGCGCCGCCGACUGCGCCCAUCAGCCUCGCCUCCGCCUCUGCUUCUGCUUCUGCCGCCGUAAAUCUGGAUGUGGUGGAUCUCAGCAGCCUGUCCAACACGGAGCUGCAGCAGCAGAUCGAGCUGCUGAGGCAGGAGGCCAUCAAUCGCAGCCGCGCAGCCGGCGCCGCUGGCGCGCUUGGCGUUGGCGCGGCUGCCGGGGUGGGCGUGGGCGUGGGCGCGGCACUGGGCCUGCCGCUGGGGCUGGUGCCGGGCGAGCUGCCGCUCACCAGCAAGACCAAGGAGGCGCAGCGCAAGGAGCGGCAGCGGCGGCUGCAGGAGGAGCUGCGGCGGCGGCAGACCGAGGCGGCGGCGCAGCCGGUGACGGUGCAUGCGCUGUUCGAUGCGGGGCCGGUGCAGGCGGCGGCGCUGGACGCGGCGGCGGCGCAGCGGCUGACCGUGGCCAAGGCCACCGCGGCGGCGGCGGCGGCGGGACAGCCGGUGGCCCAGGCAGCCAUCGCCGCCGCGGUACUCGCGCAGGAGGCGGCGGCCGCCGCGGCAGCGGCGUCAGCGGCACCCGCAGACAGCGGCGCGGGUGCGGUUGGCGAGGCUGGUGGCGGCGAGGAGGGCGAGGACAAGAAGAAGGGCUUCAUGCUGAUCCGGAAGAACAAGGGGCUGCUGCCGGCGCGGCGGGCGGUGUUCAACCCCGCCACCAAGACGCAGGCGGCAGUGGCGGCCAAGGCGGCGGAGGAGGAGGCUUCCAAGGCGGCCCUCAUCGCAGCUGCCGCAGCAGCCAAGGGCGGCUCCGGCUCGUCUGACGCGGGCUUUCUGGAGUCCAUGGUUGAAGAGUUCAUGGCGGCCAGCCGGGCGGCGGACAGGGGCAGGCAGGUGGGGCAGGGGCAGGAGGCAGGAGGCAAGGGCGCCAAGGGCGAGGAGGAGGAGAAGGAGUAUGAGAUCGGGAUCGAUGAGGAGGACGACGCGGACGCGCCGCCGCCGCCGCCCCCGCCCCCGCCGCCGGCUGGAGGCCCGCCGCCCGCGCACAUGGCACCAUGGAAGCAGCCGCAGCAACACCAGCCGGCGCCGCAACAGCAACACCCGCAGCACCAGCAGCAACCGCAACAACAGCAGCAACAGCCGCCGCCGCAGCAGCAGCCCGGAGCCUUUCCUGCUUUUCCUGGGUACCCGCCGCAACACCAGCCGCCGCCGUACCCGGGGGCGCCGCCGCCAGGAAUGCCGCCGCACCUCCAGCCGCCACCGUACGGGAUGAUGCCGCCACCCGGCAUGCCGCCGCCGCAAUUUCCCCCUCCCAACUUUGGACAGCCGCCGCCGCGACCGCCCAUGAUGGCCCCGCCCGUGCCUCCCCCGGGGCCACCGCCGCCGUGGAUGACUGGGCAAGCCCAGUCCGGGCCAGCCGCGGGGCCCAUGCAGGGCCCCCCGCCGCCGUACGGUGCCAUGGGUGCGCGGCCGCCAAUGAUGGGCAUGGGGCCGCCACCGCCGCCGCCACCACGCCAGCCGGCGCCACCGGGGAUGGAGAGCGCCGGCAGCGGCCCGCAACAGCUGCAGCCUCCGCAGCACAUGCAGGUGCAGCAAGGACCACACCCAGGGCCUCAAGGCUUUGCGCCACCGCCGCAACAGGGGAUGAUGCACCAGCAGCAGCACCAGCAGCACCAGCAGCACCAGCAGCACCAGCAGCACCAGCAGCACCAGCAGCAGCACCAGCACCAGCACCAGCAGCAGCACCAGCAGCAACACCAGCAGCAGCAGCAGCCGCCGCAUAUGGGCAGCGGGGGCGGCGCGAUGCCGCCGCCACCACCGUGGGCAACUGCGGGUGGCGGGGGACCAGGGCCUCAGGGGCCACCGCCGCCGCCGUUGCAGCCACCACAGCAUCAGCAUGUGCAGCAUUACCAGCAACAGCAACAGCAGCAACAACAACAGCACCACCAGCAACAGCAGCAACACCAGCAGCAGCAUACGGCAGGCCCAGGUCCCAUGGGCAUGCAAGGGCCCCCUGGACCGGGGCAGGGCCAGCAGCAUCCGCAGCAGCAACAGCAAGACCCAGAUGCGCACAUGAGGCCGCCCGGGGGCAUGGGGCCAGGCGGCCCUGGUGGACCCAUUGGCCCGCCGCCCCCCUUUAUGCCGCCGCCAGGCGGUCUUCAGCUGAGCGGCGGCGGCCGCGGCGGCGCGCCGCAGGGGCAGUCGGGGCCCAUGGGGCCAGGGCCUAUGGGGCCUGGCGGCGGCGGGCCGGGGGGCUUGAUGCCGCCGCCGCCACCGCCGCCGCCUCCGGGAAUGCGAAUUGAGUUGCCGAACGGCGGGCUGGGCGGCAUGGACAUGGGCCCGCCGCCGCCCCCUGCGGGGCCAGGCCAAGUGCCGACAGGCGGCGGCAACGGCGGUGGCAUGGGCCCAGGCUUGGCGCCGGGUCCCGGGCCCGGGCCGCAGGCGCACGGCAGUGGCGAUUUCGGCGCCCAGAUGCAGCAGCAGCAGCACCCACCACCGCCGCCGCCGCCGUUGCAAGGCUUUGCGCCGCAGGUGGAGCAGAUGGCAGCGAUGCGGCCGCCGCCUCCGCCGCCGCCCCCGCGUUAAAUCGGCGGUUGCUGCCAUGGUGACCGAAGAUGCCUACAUGUGUCGCGUUGGCGGACAGGCUAAGGGCAAUUUUGUGGGAUUAUAUGGAUUUAGCAAGGAAGCGGCAGGGCGCGCGGGGCUAUACGUUGCGACUGCAAUCAUGGUGAUGACCGCUGCUAAUGGUAGAGCAGAGUUGGAGAGCUAUCCGAAAGAGAGUGCGCUUGGGAGUCAUGGAUGCGAGGGAGAUAUGCACCAUUGCCAUCAGCUGAUUGAGGCCGGGCCAAGCUGCGAGGUGCUGCGGAAAAGAUCUGUGCUGCCGUGCUGGUGCUUCUUGUACGGUUGUGCUCGUGAAUGUGCCCACGCGCUCGUAGGCCUGCCGGCCCGGCCAAGCUACAAAUCUGUGCGGGUGUUCUGCUUGGGGAGAUGAACCGGUGACCAGCUGUUUCAGCGCUGAGCCAUGCUUUCCAUUGCCGAACCAUGCAGCCCGCUACAUGCUCGGACACAUAGCAUCAAACACGCAGAGCCUGUCUCAGGGGGGCCGUUUUGUGGACUGGAAGUACAAUACAGCACAGGCUUGAUCGUGUGAACGAGGCGUGCCCCUGGGUUGAAGACUUGCAGUGGUUUCAUCUCUUUCCUAAGGGAAAA